UGAUGUGCCAGAGCCGUGUUAAUAGUUUAGAGGUACACUUGUGUUGAAAUAGAGCGGUUAGUUUAGAAUAUGCAGACUGGAAGCUUGUGUCUCUCUUGACUGCCACGCCAUCUAGCUUUUCAUUAUUUCAGAGGAAGCCAGUGCCUGACAUGUUGCCGGUAGUGGUGGUCCACGGAGGGGCAGGCCAUAUCCCAAAGGAGCGGUCAGAAAAGUCCACGGAGGGGGUGUGCUCAGCAGUGCGGGCAGGAUAUGCAGUCCUAAAGAGAGGGGGCAGCAGCAUGGAUGCCGUGGUUGAAGCUGUGGCCCAGUUAGAGAAUAACCCCGCCUUCAAUGCAGGGUGUGGGUCUGUGCUGAACAUGAAGGGAGAGGUGGAGAUGGAUACCAUUGUGAUGGAUGGGAAAACUCUAGGCAGCGGUGCAGUGUCUGCAGUACGAAACAUAGCCAACCCUGUCUGUCUAGCAAGACUGGUUAUGGACAAGACCAGUCAUACGUGUCUCACAGCGGAGGGUGCCAAUAAGUUCGCCCAGUCCAUGGGUGUCCCAGAAGUGCCCAUGGAGUCCCUCAUCACUGAGUACGCCCGCAUGCGUUGGAGAAAGAACCUUGCAGCUGAUGCCAAACCUGUGGAGUGCCAAAUGGGGAAGAUGGGCACAGUUGGAGCAGUGGCAGUGGAUAGUGAGGGCAACGUAGCUUGUGCAACCUCCACUGGCGGAAUGUUGAACAAAAUGGAAGGACGGGUCGGCGACACUCCUUGCAUAGGAAGUGGAGGUUAUGCUGAUAACCAGACGGGAGCAGUGUCAACUACAGGCCACGGAGAAGCCAUCAUGAAAGUUACACUGGCCAGACUCAUCUUGUUCCACAUGGAGCAAGGUCAGUCAGCAGAGGCUGCCAGUGAUUUGGGCCUGGCCUACAUGAAGUCCAGAGUGGAGGCCCUGGGUGGGGUGGUGACAGUGGACCCACAGGGCCACUGGGCCGCUCGCUUCUCCAGCAAGCAAAUGUCCUGGGCUGCAGCCCAGAAAGACACGCUGCACUACGGCCUGUACACUGGAGAACACUUCACCCAGAGCAUCGAUGAACCUCUGUGACAGCAAUUAUAACUCCUGAGUUUUACAUUUUUUAAGGCUGAACUUUUGUAUUGAUGCAACCAAAAACCAAGUAUGUUAAUAUUAGUUAAUAAUAAUACAAUUUUAAAUAAUAUACAGCUGAAGGUGCACUGACAGACAUUGUGCUGUUGAUUAAAACAGUCUACACACCUCAGAUGUGGAUAAUCCAACUUCAUAAUUUCACCUUCAAAUUACCAGCUAUAGAAAACUACAGAGUCCCUAAAGUGUCAAAAGGGAGUAUUUUUGUUAUGUUGUUCAAACACGUGCAUCUGACAAUGCAUGUUUUUGGUAAAUAUCAACAUUAAGACAAUUCAUUAUAACAAAAUCAGUCUUAUGUACAUGCAUGAAAAUUCAUUAAAACUCAGCUAAAUGUGAUGCAGUUUAAAACCGAAAUGCAGCCGGAGCUGGGUAGCAUCUUAUUGAAGCUGAAACUAAGUCAAAUUUAGAUUCAUUUACAGCUUCUACAAUUCUGUUGAGCUUGAAAGCAGAAUGUGUGGCACAAUAGUCUUACAUAAAUGUUCACUUACUGGCAUUUUCAGCCACAUACCAUGGCAGUUGUUUUUCUAUUUUGUUACAUCUGUAGGGGUAGUGCUAAAUGCAUUCUGUAGCUUUUUCAGAUCUAGUCCAAAAUGCUGCACACCAUCCUAUAUGUCUAUCUGGAAAGAUGACUGAAUCUCCCCUCCUUUUUCUUAAAACUGCUAAAUUAAACCAGUUUUCACCUGAUCUGUUCAGAAUGAAGUGAUUUCUUUGAUGUGGUUCAAUGAAAAAAAUGAUUUUACAUUAGAUUUUUUCUUAUUUAGCUAUGAAUCUAAUAGUGGAUUAACACAAAAACAAUCAGCAGCUAUUUUGUUACCAAUUUUAGUCAUUUUACAAGCAUUUUAUUGCUAGUUGUGGAAAACAAGACAUGUCGAUGUGUGAACUACAGCUGAGACAGUUUAUUUGAUAUUUAGUAGACCAAACUAGUUUAGAUUAAUAUAUAUAUAAUAUAAAAAAAAUUUUAACAUGAAAAUGAUUUUGAUGGUGAUCUUUAAAUAUGUUCCUCCAAUUUCUUUUUGAGUUUUGUUAUUCUUUGACAAAAAUAUGGCUUAAAUUUAAAGAUUGUUUUUCAAUAACUACACAUUUAUUUAUGAGCCAUUUUUUUUGCUAUUAUUACUGCUGUUAAAAACUCCUCUUUGUCUUGUGCAAUGGAGUACUUAAAAUCUUUUAUAGAGUGCUGCUGAUUUGAACCUCCUCUUUGCUCGUCAGAGAAUUCAUGGGACAUUUCGUACCAGUAUUGUACUGGAAGAUGAAACACUUCCAUCACUCACAGAAGCUCAACUAGUGUUUGUGAAGUGCUGAUGAUCAGAUGAUGAUUGUUGAUGCUGAAGCUCUGUGUUAGGAAAACACUGAUGAGGACAAUAAAUGCCUCUGAUCCCUGGA